UCGCCGCUCCUCACCACGGGGGUCAAAGUGUGUCCGCAGGAGACGAUGAAAGCAGUCAUCGGCAGCCAUCGGGCCUAUUACAAACUCAGAGUUUGCCAGGAAGCAAUUUGGGAAGCAUUUCGGAUCUUCUUGGACCGAUCGCCGAACUCAGAGGAGUACAGAGCCUGGCUCUACACCUGCCAGCAUGAAAACCUCUGCAUGGACGACCUGGCCCAGAACUUCAGCAGCUCUCAGGAGCAUCUGGACCUGGUGGCCCGCAGGGUAGCCGAGCAAGCUGAAGUUGAAGGAGUUUUUGCUGGACCCACAGAGUCAGGAAUUGAUUGCACCUGGACACCCCCAAUGAUUGUGCUACCAACUCAGGAUAACAACGAGGAAGACCCCAACAUGAUCAAAGAGAACUUUGCGGAGUAUGUUAUCCAUUUCAGUGUCACCAUCUCAGAUCCGGCGUUCACCAAGCUGCUCAGUGACCCCCAGGCAGUGGAGUACAGUGAAAUCAGACAAGAGCUCACAGAAAAGAUGCGUCGUGUGUUUGCAGAUGUUCCAGGAUUCAAAGAGAUUCGUGUGCUGGGAUAUCGCUCAGAGGAUGUGUCGGUGCGUUACGCUGUGGUCUUCAAUGGAGAAACUGAGCUCAACGACGAACCUGAUGUUCUUGAGGAGCUUGACAUGGACGAGGAUACGAAUGCUCCUAAACUGAAGCAAAUCAUCGUAAAGGCCUUGAAGCAAGAGACAUCACUACCAGUGGACAUAGAGACACUCAGCUUUGAGAGUGUAACCACAAUCUACCCAGUUGCGGAGCUUGGCAUGAACCCAGUUGAGGACGACACCACAAAGCCACCUACGGAGGACAAACCUCCCACCCGAAGUUUCUUUCCCACUGUGGCAGUGAUAGAAAACGCCUUGGAAGCUUUUACAGUCAAACCAGAAACACACACCUUCGUGCCUUUCAUCCCAAACAUCCUCCCAGAAAGCAUUCCUGCCAUCACUGAUGAUGACACUCCUCUAAUGAACGCAGUAGAGGAGGAAUCCACAGAAGAGUCUGCAGUGGAGGAUCUGGAGGAGCAGCCACCAACCGAGCACGUUGACAGCGGUGAGGCUGAACCUGAGGAGCAGGUGACGGACGAAUCUGAACCAGAAGUUACUGAAGAACCUCCCUUAGCACCUCCAGACUUCCAACCAGAAGAGACUGCGGUCCCAGUGUCAACACCAUCAUCUCAGGAGGAUGUCGUCCAAGGCAUUGAACCAGAAACAGAAGAGGAAUAUUUGCCUUCCCCUUCAGAGAGUGGCGAGGACCAGGCUGAGUCUGGUGGAGACCUGCCUCCGGAGAACUCCAACAUUCAAGACGAUGUAGGGUCGAGUCAGAACGGGACGGAGGAGAACACGAUCGACUCUCUGGAAGAGGAGAGCGGCAGUGGAUUGUCCUCAGAGUCCGACGAACACCCGUACGGAUCCACGGCAUCACCUGCCAUGAGGCAAGGCAGCACCCCUCUGAUGGCCGCCGUGGACGCGGGCAAAGAGUUAGUGGUUUUCUUUAGCUUGAGGGUCACUAACAUGAUGUUUUCUGACGACCUGUUCAACAAGAGCUCCCCAGAGUAUAAAUCACUGGAGCAUACCUUUCUUGAGCUGCUUCUGCCUUAUCUACAAUCCAAUUUGACUGGAUUCAAGCAACUGGAAGUUCUGAACUUCAGGAACGGCAGCGUUGUGGUGAACAGCAAGAUGAAGCUGGACAAACCGGUACCUUACAACGUCACAGAAGCUGUUCACUGCGUGCUCGAAGACUUCUGCAACGCCGCUUCCAAGCGGCUCGACAUCAAGAUUGACAGUCGCUCCUUGGAAAUAGAACCAGCCGACCAAGCAGAGCCCUGUAGGUUCCUGGCCUGCAACGAUUUCUCCCACUGCAUGGUGAACCGCUGGACCGGAGAGGCAGAGUGUGUGUGCGUCCCGGGAUACUCCAUGGUGGACGGCCUGCCGUGUCAGAGUGUCUGUUCUCUGCAGCCCGACUACUGCCUGAACGACGGCCUGUGUGAAAUAAUCCCAGGGCACGGAGCCACCUGCAGGCACAGCCUUGCCCCCUAUGCCUUUGAGGAAUACUUUGAGAGGUGA